GUCACUGACUGCUCCUAGCGCGGAAAAUUUUAUACUGUUUCGAAAGUUUUGUUUUGGUUCCGGUGGGAUAAUUUUAUUUUACUAAAAGUAAUAAGCUUUUCUGGUUUCAUGUUGUAGUUGCUUCAUUGCAAACAACCCUCACUGAUUCGAGGAAAAGCAAUGGAGUGUUCUGACCCGAUUUAGUCUUUUUUAUAGUGCACUGGGCAGUAUUCAUCGAUUUUUUGGCAGCAGUUAGGAGUAAUAUCUUUGCAGUUUUGCUGGUGUCAUUUUUUGAUGUCGGUAUGAGUGGUCUUCGAUGAGUGGAGUUUGUCUCGUUUUUACUUUUAGUCUCACUUUUCUGCUGGAAAUUUGGAUAUAACCGGCCUUGUAAACAGUGCAGGAGUCAUAGCAACAGGUAAAAUGAUGCAGGAAAGUAUCCGAUUAGCCUCCGCUGGAGAUGAUAUCAAGAUCUGGGAUUCAUCUGGUUUAACUGUGGUGGAACAAUUCAAUCCCCAUUCAGUAACGGCUCCAGUCAGUUCAGUUUGCUGGACCAGUAAUAAUUCAUUCCUCGUUAGUGCAUCCAGCACUGGGGAUAAGAUUGUUGUUUCGAGCUGCAAGUCUAAGCCAGUUCCGCUUCUUGAACUUGGUGAUGGAAAAAAACAGGCCUGCAUACAUUUGAAUUCCACUUCCCAGUAUAUUUUAAGUGGUGGACUUGACGGCACCGUAAAUGUCUGGGAUUUGAAGACAAAAAAAUCCAACCGAUCACUCAAGGAUCACAAAGAUGAAGUGACCUGUGUAUCAUAUAAUGGUAGAGAUUCUUAUCUGGCUUCAGGUUCAGCGAGUGGUGAAAUUAUACUGCAUAGUAUAACAACCAACUUGUCUAGUGCCCCGUUUGGUCAGGGUGGCAACCAGGCGGUCAGAGACCUGCGAUAUUCUUUUUUCAAGAAGGCUUUAUUUGGCACAGUAUCAGACAAUGGAACCGUAGUGCUGUGGGAUGCCAAUACUCAGAGUGCCUAUCAUAUUUUUGACAUUGCUCACAAGGCUCCAGCAUCAGGACUGUGCUUUUCUCCAGUCAAUGACUUACUGUUUAUUACUGUUGGAUUAGAUAAAAGGGUUAUUUGCUAUGACACUGCAAGCAAAUUGCUGCUGAAAACACAAGUUGUUGAGGCCCCUUUAACUUCUGUUGACAUCAUGUACGAUGGCAUUACCUUGGCUCUGGGAUCUUCUCGAGGGAAAAUUUACCUUUUUGACUUGAGGAUGAUGACAUCACCAUUAAAAACUGCUAGUGCCCAUAAAACAUCUGUAAAGUGCUUAAAGUUUCACAACAGCACUAAUCAAAUAAAGGUAAAUGGUGCAAAAGUCCCUGCAAGUAAAGCUGCCUUUUCUCAUUCUUCUGUUGGAAGUAGAAAAUCUACAGUAAAACCAAGUGCUGUUAUUGGUAGUAUCCAGAACAUAGGAGGUGGCAGAGAUAUAGCAUCUCACACUGCUGCAGUUCAGCAAGCUUCUGUAGUGCCUGAGGGAAAGGGCUUGGAUACCAGUCAGGAAAAAAUAGGUUUGCCCCAUAGUACUAGCUUGGAUGUUAUCCCAUCUAAAGAAUCGGAGGUUGUGAAAAAUGUUGACAAUAUUAGUUUCAAGAGCUUUGAUUCUUUUGGAAGAAACAGUAUAACUGAUAUGUUUUCACCUCUCAGAGAGGAUGCAGAAAUGUACAAACCAGGAGAAGACGCUUCAUCCAGAGGCGAUGGUUUGGAAUUUCUGUCUCAUUUGGGCGAUGUACUUCCAACUAGAAAGAAUCCCAUAGGUGCAAGUACACAGGAGACCCUGAAUUCUAGUCCACUACUUAUUUAUAAAGACUCUCCAUUAAAUAGGACUGAUGAAGAAACUCGAGAGCAGUACAUAACUAACAGAAACCUUAUAGGAAAACAAGAACCCAUUGAUUUGCCAAAACAGCAUGGCAAACUGAGCUCAUCAAGUUCUGAUUCAGCAAACUCUUAUAUUACUUCUGUUUCAUCUACAACAAAAACUCCAGACACAAGUGAAAAGAUUGGAAGGAAUGUUACUGGACACUUAUUGUACGACUCCCCAAUAAAUACUACAUCAACUCCAAAUCCCAGGACAGCUGCUUCAAUUGCUGCUGGAGUUGCUAGUUCGUUGUCCGAAAAAAUUGCUGAUACCAUUGGAAAUGAUGGGAGUGGUGCUCCAUUGUCAUCAGUGCAACUGCAUUUUAUUAAAAACAUGAUACAGGAUACACUAGAAGAUUUCAGGGAAGCAUGGCACAGAGACAUUGUAAACUUGCAGCUGGAGAUGAUUAAACAGUUUCAGACGCAGCUGAAUGAUGUACAUACAUUACUUGAGAGGUACUCAGUUAAUGAAAGUUUAGUGGCAGAAAUUGAAAAAUUACGGGAAGAAAACAAGAAAUUACGAACCAGCUUUUGAAUGCUGCUCAUUUGUAGCGAUUCGUAGCCUACAUUGCAAUUGGGACAUCUGACAUUGAAGCUCUCUCUCAUGUUGUGGGGAAGAAUGAAUGAUGAUAUGCCAUUUGCAUUUUCAUACUUCUGAUAUCACUGUUUUUAAAUGCCUGGAGUUGAUUACAACGAAACAUUACAUCAGACGUGAUGGAAUGUACUCUGUAACUGAACUGCUUUUCCAGGAGAGUAUUUUGAGGUAACAAAUGGCACUGAUUGUAUCUGGUGCUCCUCAGGAGUGGAUUUAAACUUCAGGGUUAAGAAUAUCUAUAAUGUAAUACCACAGCAAGUGCCUUUUCAAAAAUAUUCCCAGGUUAAAUGCAUAGAUAUGAUAAAUAUAUUUUAACAAGCAAAUGCCACUUAUUUAAAUGCAUCUAUUUUUUGAAAUACCAUAUUGUAAUAUAAACAUUUGUCCUUUUGUGUAAAAUGUUUGUGUAAAUAACUUGGCAAAAAAGUAUUGCUUUAUAUUUUUAGGCAUAAAAACAGGCAAAUCCUCUUUGUUUUUUGCCUACAGUAUUUUACUUGUAUUAGAUGGAAUUUGGGCAGUAUUGCGAUACAAAUGAGCAUUUACCUUGCUUUGACAAUAUCAGCCGCAUUUUUUUUCCUUGAAGCUGCUGUUUUUUAUUGCUUAUUUGCUUAUUUUAUUCUUGGGGUGUCCUUGUUCUCAACAGCAUUUUGAAAUUCCACAUUUCGUUUUGUAGAGAUGUUGAUAUGAAGUUUUCUUAAUUGUAUUUUGCAGACAGUUUAAAUGCUGUCUUAAGUAGGUUAUCCAUUUCUUUACAGCCAUAAGAACUUGAAUGAUUACCUGAAUUCAGGAUGUUCAGUGAAACUACAAAAACUGAAAAUGGAAGUGGUGUACUUACAUUUUUGCAUAAAACAAUUUCUCAUAAACCAGUAGAUGGAGCCAGUGUACUGCAUGUUAACCUACUAUUUUACUUUGAAUGGAAGGUCAUACUUCAUGUAUUUUUACGUUCCCAUUAGAAGAGACAGAUGGAUGUGUAUGUGUGUUGUGUAUCAUAAGAGUCAUUAAUAAAGUGUGUUCAGAAUAUGUGGAACUUAGCCGUAGGUAGAAAUAAGUAUUCUUACCUGAAAAACAGUCCGAUGUCCCUAGACUCUAGGCUAGGUGUAAUUAGUUACCUUACAUACCAAGAAAAUCAGCUUCAUUUUUUCUUCUCUAGAGGAGGUAAUGGUUGCUUGUCUCAUUUGAAUCCUUCAGGCAGUUAAACCACGUGUUGUUUCUUCUGUCAUAUUAUUUUAUUUAGUUGGUUUUUUUUCUUCAGAUGGAAUCUAUUUUGUGGAUUGUUAAUUAGAAAAAAAAAAUCCUGUCAAUGUCACAGAUUACCCCCAUAAGACUAUCAUUUAUAUUAUUUUGUCUGCGGGAGGCUGAUGAAAUAAGUUAUCUCAAGAAAGGUAAAAUGAAAAUUUUAGAACAUUUGUAGAACAGAGGAAUUUUGUGGCGCUGGCUAGUGCAAGAGACAUCUAUCCUUAUCCAACAUAUGAACUUUCUCUAGUUCUGAGCAUAAAAAAUAUAAUCCCAAGGAAGCAGUGAGAUUGCGUAAGAUGGGGAACCCAGAGGAGUCUGUAAAAUAAUUUGCAGAAGUAGAGCAAGUCUAUAGAGAUUCUGCUCUGUCCCUCUUAAUUGUAAGGGUUCUGGCAUAAGAGAGAGGCUCAGCUGUCUGACCCCAGCCCACGUGCCCUGUCUAGGUAGUCAUCCAACUCUUGUCUAUCUCUUUAGAGGCAAGACAGUAGAGUUAGCAGUGCCAUCUGAGAACUAGCCCACUGAGAUUUUAGCAAUUUCACCACGGAUGGAUGCUGCUUCAUGCAUAUUUGCUGAAGAAGCAGUCAUCUCCAGGAGGACCUUAGAGAGUCUGCCCUUCCCAUCCAACACCUCCUGAGUUUUGCAAAAUUUUAGAUUGUCUGGCAAAUACCUGCUUCCAUUUUUAGGCUUGUUGCAGCUGUUACUGGACUUUCUGUCCUAACAGUGCCUGAGACCUGGGCACGAGGUCUGUGCACACCAGCUACAACACGUGGCUGAUUCAGCUUUAUUUAGUUCAGUGAUAGAAAUUUAGAGGAAAAGAAUAAAGCAAUUUUGCAAAGAUCCACACCUUUUCUUGCCAAGCCACCUCUUCCCACUUCCUCAGGGAUUAGUGUAUAGUAGAAAGAAAGAGGGAGCCCUCCUUAGAAAGGCCUUUGACUCUGAACUGGGAGGAGGAGGAGGAAGAUCUGGGUUAAAUGAUCCGUGUCUGCUCUCCCAUGGGUUCCUAUACUGACGAGGCUUUUAUACUUUCAUCUGCAUUUCCGCUUCAGAGUUGUCUUCUUAUGGAGACUGAAUCUUGAGAGGUAGCAUUUCCAAGUGCCUAAUAAAGAACUUCUCUGCUUUGAUUAAAAGGUACUCAGAACUAAAGCAUAUACUGUCCCUUCCAUUCCCAGUGGUGCAAGCCACAAAGGGUGUUUUCAUUAGUGUCAUAUUCAGACGCCUAUCCUCCUGCACUUAAAAAGCCUGACCGAUUUUUUUACAGGGUGUAAGAGCAGUGCAAAUACCUGUACAAAAAAUAUUGGCAAGCCCAGUAGAGGUAUCUGUGAAUAGCUCCAGUAGUUCUAGUUUAAUACGUGGCUUCAGUAUUCUUCCUAAUGAUUUAUUUAAUAAAAGUUUACAUUUCUGCCACUUUGGAAAUAUAUGCUAUUACAUUUCAGACAUGAUACUAUAGUAAGGAUACAUCUUGAAAGAAAUUAAUAACUUUUUCCAUAAGUCAUUAGGGAAGUCUUUAGCUUUGUCUGAUAUUUGUUUCAAGAUGUACCCAGUGAGAGGAGAUUCAGGCCUACAUGACAAUGGAUGUCUGUUCUUGGGCAGUUUCCAAUCAAGUAAGUAGUUAUUAAGAGAUGUGCAUAGGUGAAACUGCACCCUUUACCUUAGGAUGUUAAGGGGCAGCUUUUAAAUGCACUCCUAGACAGUGAAGAAUGCUUUAAACAUCCUUCCCAAUAAUUUACAAGAGAAAGGAGAUGCAUGCAGGCAGUCUGUCAGACAGCUGCCAGAGUUCCAUCUGGAUCUCCCCUUUCAGCGUUGUUUCCUUAUGGGGACUGUAAAUCUUGUGAGACAGCAGAUAUUCUAGGUGUUACCUCUCCAACACUCCCUUUUAUAGAAAAUGGUCAAGAGCUGAUCACUAGACACAAAGAAAGGCAUAUAGGGAAAAAGUCAGUAAGCAGGAAUUAAAAAAAAAAAAAAACACUAGACACAGAGGGGAAAAAAGGCAGUAAGCAGAAAAAAAUAGGAUGUUACUGUGAAACAAGGCUGUAGACAAGGGGUGCACAUAGCAGAUCUCCUUCAGUUUUGAUAUCCCCCAUCUAUGACUUACUCCAGAUGUCUCAGAGCUUUGUAUGUGAGAGAAUUUCAGUUUCCUCCUUUUUUCUGCUCAAGAACCAACUGUACCUUGUAAAGUCCAUACUUAUGCAACUCCUGGAAUAUAAAGCUGUGGAGGGUUGUCUCAUCACCGGUGUAAAGGAAGAGUUUUCCCCACACAAACAGGAUUUUUUUUGGCAUUCAGAAAAGUAAGUCUUUGGAAAGCCAUCUUAAACCUACCCAGUUUAAACUACUUUGUAGCUGUGAAAAUAAAUUUGAGUGCUCAUCCUGCAGUCUAUUUUCAUCUUAUUCAAGGAUGCAGUUUUUGUCAUCUUUGAUGUGAGGAAUGUCUUCUUGCUUAUUCCUUUUCCUGAGGCUCAUAGUACCUCAGGUGACCCCCCCCCCCCCCCAUUUUCAGGUUAUAUUUUUUUGCCUGCCCUUUGACCUCUGUAUUGCAUCCAGAGUCUCAUCAAUUGCAUGGCACAAGCUUUGGGUUGCUGAAAAUGAAAUGUAUCUGCGUCUUCCCCCUACUCGAAUGAUUGCCUGAUUCAGUGAUACUCCUUGGAGGAGUUACAGAAAGCUGUCAAAUGUGUUUUGCCUUCUAGACCUGGACAUCUGUUUGAACCUUAAAAAGGCAAGAAGCUUAUCUCCUUCACUUAUCAGGAGCUUGGGAGCAGUUCUGGACAUUGAGACCCUGUAUGCUGUUGCUACCCCAAGACAAGAGGUAGCACUAAUGAAUCAGUUCUUCCUGAUGGCUUCUCAGAAGUUCACUAAACAGAUAGAGUAUUCUUGAAGACCAUGAGAUAUGUCAGCAUCCAUACUAAUUGUCUCCCCUGAUAGUUUACAGUGGAAAAGAUCUUGUGGUACUUGAACAGCUUCUUCAGCCAGUUUCUACUGAAAGAGGCUGUAAUCAUCCAUGCCAUCAGCAAGGAACUAUGCUGGUGGACUGACCAGGUCAGCACCAAUCCUUGCUUUCCCUUCCUUAUUCCAGAGCAGACCCUGGUGAAAACCACUUAUGUCUAAGUUUAUAAGUGAGUCUUUACACAGUCCAUCGUAAUACCUGUAAAUGUGUGAACAGAUGAUGGCAGUCAUCAGUGUUCACCAGGCUUUCAAGUUAGCAUGCAAGCCAGGGAGACUUCAGAUGGUAGCAGACAGCAAAACUUUGGUGUAGUGCAUUGACAGGCUGGCCCAUGUUGGGUCCUUCCUUUCUUUUUCCCUCCUUGUAGUUUGUUUUCAUGUCAUCUAGGAAGGGAAAAUGUGAGUGUGGGAGGUAGAGUCCCCAUAUAGGCAUGAGAAGUGCCUUUUUUGUAUGGGUUUUACACAAGCCCAUAUGCAUUGCAGGAUUUGUCAGGUGUCUGUCCCUAAGACACUCCACAAUUGUCUCUUCUCCCUCUCUAUUUAUUUGGAAAACCAAUGUCUGAAGCUUUUUGCUCAGGGUACUAUGGCCAAAUCCAUCCACCUCAAACUUCAUCUGCCACUUGAGAAAAAAAGCUACAAAAAGCACAAACUGAUUCUGCUGCUGUCCAGCCUCUACUGGAUGUCUCCCUUGGAUUGGAUGAAGAACACAAGGACUUCUGGUGCUGAUGCCAGUUCCCUUUGUUGCUAGCCAAUUGGAGGAUGAUAUGGAGCUCUCUACUCCCAUGUCCCCCAGACCUGUGCAUAAAUCUGCUACAGAUGUAGAUGGAAAACUAUGGCUGAUUAUAUCUGAGGGCCUAGGUGGAUUCCCCAAAUAUUAAUUAAGAAAGAGGUGUCUGGCACCCUCACUGAAUCUAGGUUAGGGGUCUGAACCUUCUUGAUUUGUUAAAGCAGAUAUUCUUUUAAAAAUAAACAAAAAAACAAACACAUGGCUUCUGUGGCUAAGGAUCCUCAUAAAGAGUAGCAGGUCUUUACUUAGGGGCUGUUUAAUGCCCUUAUCUCCCUAAAACCUCCACAAGGGUUGUGUGUCCCUGCUUCUGCUCCCUGGUCUUCCACCCCUUCUAAGAUUCCUAGAGCAUCUGAUGAGUUGAAUUCUGGUGAAGAAUCCUUGGCCUAUUCCUCCCAGACCCACACUCCUCUUGCCCUGGAGUCUGAUGAAGAAUAUUAACUGUCUGCUGAUUCCGUUUUGGAAGAAUUAUUUUUUGGGGAUACAGUCACCCGUAUGAUGGAACACGUAAGUGGGGCUGUUUUCAGCUGAGGUUCAAAAGAGAUCUUAUGAAUCCUGCAGAUGGACUUACCCAGACUUCCUGCAGUCCCUCUUCUUUAGCUGCCCUUUUGGAUACAUUUACAGCAGAUUUACAGGCUCCUGACUGUCAACCCUGGCCUCUAAGAAGUCAGAUUUUUAUAUAGUCCCUAAGGAUCAUUAGUAUUUGUAGAAGUCUUUCUGAUCCUGUUGUUUCCAUAGUCAGAAAUGAGUCCUCCUAACUACUGUCCUCUUCCAAACUAUUACCGUCUGACACAGCCGUGCUAUGGAGAGGUAUGCAGUAAAAGUGUAUACUUCUACUUUGGCAUUUAGACCCACAUGGCUAGUUAUGUCUUGGUUGUUAUCUUUCAGCUUGGUAUGUUGGCUGAUAUGCCUGAUUCAGGCAAACUUCUACUCUUUCUUUUCUGAGUUCUGGCUCUUAGGUGGUUUGCUGUUCUAUUAAAUGCAGCAAUGAUGUCACUUAUAACUCCUGUAGGGUAGCUGCAUCUUUCUGUCAUGAAGAAAUAACUCUUGGUUGCGCCUUCAAGCGUUACCAGAGGACAUUAAGGCCAAACUUUUAGAUUACCCCCUUUGACAACCAGAAUCUCUUUGGCACUACUGCAGAAUUGUUUAAAACUGAUAAGGAUAAGAUUAUACAACACCUGAAGCAAAUAUUUGUUUCCCCUGUAAACUAAGUUGUAGAGGCACUAUCCAUCUAAAUCUUCUUUUGGCCAUAGGCAACCUAGACAGCCUGUUAGGAGCCAGAAGGUUCAUAAGUGGAUUUUCCCAGACCAACACAUUCAGAGUUCCAGAGACCAAAAAUCUUCUUUUCCUGACAAAUCUGCCACUAUCUGACAUUCAGCCUCCCCUUCCCCUCGGCCAGAUUCUUCUAUCUUUCAGGCUAAUCCUUUCCUUUCUUUUCCUGUUUGACAACAGAUAGAUGCAUGUGUUCUCUCCAUCAUCCAAAAUAGUAAUUUUAUGACUUGGAAGUCCAUUCUUCCAUUUCCGGCCUUCCUCAGCCUCCGCCUCUGCCUCCUUGCCAGCUUAAUCAUUUUUCUUUGGUCCUGUGGAAUCUUAUGCAUCAGGCAACCAUCCAACCUGUUCCCUUCCCUCAACAGGUAACAGGAUUUUAUUGCAGAAUUUUUUUGUGUUCCAGGAAAGAGGGGUCAUGGUGACCCGUCGUAGAUUUGUCCUUUCCCAACAGUUUUCUCAAGGUGUCUUCCUUCGGGAUGUUGUCUCUUCAGACACUUGACACUUUACUCUGUAUUGCUUCCUCAAGCUUUUCUGGUAUCUCUGGAUUUGAAGGCUGCAUACCUUCAUAUUCCUAUUCACCCUCUGUUCAGGAAGUUUUCAUGUUCCUCUGUUUCUUCCUCUCAUCAGUUCUCUGCUUUGCCUUUUGGUGUUUUUACAACUCCAAGGGUCUUUAACAAGUCUCUGGCCCUGUGGUAACCUUCUGCAGACUUCAGGAAAUUCAAAUAUUCCCUUAUUUGUAUGGCCAUCUAAUUCAAGCCUCAUCUUAACAGCUCCUGCUUCAAAAUCUACACUUUCCUGUGCUGCUUCUGUGCAGUGUGGCGCUCACCCUCAAUCUCAAAAAGUAUGUGUUGACUCCCUCUUAGAACCAGGUGUUUUUGGAUUGCAGGAUUCAGUCCAUUCCAGUGUUGGCUUGAAUCCUACCUCCCAGGGUCCUCUCUUUGAGUGCUUAUUUCCUGUCGUCUCUUCCUGUUUCAGUCCUUCCUGCAAGGACAUUUCUUCAAGCUCUGGGGUGCAUGGCAUGGUUCCUUUUAUCACACUUCAAAUGAAUAAAUGUCAAUGGUAUCUCAAGACUGGCUCCAGCACUGCCCUCCUCCCCAUAGAGUAUCCAGUCCUCCACUUACCUUGUAUCAAGCUCGCCUUUGCUGGUGGAUUCAUCAGAUUUCCCUGGAUACAGGUCUGCAUUUUCAGGUUCUUCUCCCUACUCAGGAGCUGUAGACAGAUGCUUCCAUUCUUGGUUGGAGCAUCCUCCAGCAACCUAAAAGUCUAGGGUCUUUGAUCCCAUCAACAAAUGACAGUCCAUAUCAACAUCAUGGAGAUGAGGGCUGUACUUCUAGAUCUGAAGGGUUUCUCACUCCCUUUUGGUUCCAGGCCCUCUAAAAGUUUUUUUUUAAUUUUUUUUAUACAGACUACCUCAAUCAAGUGGUGUAUCAACAAGCAAUGGAGCACAAAAUCUUAUCUUCUUUGCAGGCUGGCACGCCAGACUUGGGAUUUUGCUGUUUGCUGUCACUUGAUUCUUCAGGCAGUUCACAUCCCUUCAGAGAACUGCCUGGUGGCAGACUGAGCAGGUCCAGGACAUAUUCUCAUGAACGGCUGCUUCACAAGGUGCUGUUUCUGGACAUUGUACAUCAGUGGGAUACUCAUCAGGUAGAUCUUUUUUGCCUCCCCCUGAACACGCAGCUUCCCCAGUUCUGUUCCAUAGUGUCAAGUCCUCCGGUUUGGAAAGUGGACAUCUUGUCUUUUUCUUAGAAGGGGAUGUUUCUGUAUGCAUAUCCCCCUCUCUGUCUACUAGUACUACUACUGCAGGUCCUGCAUAAGAUCAUGUGGGGUACACCCAGAAUCUUGCUAGUGACUCCCUUUUUUCCCAGACAGCACUGGUCCCCUUUUCUAUUUCACCUGGCCAGGGAAUGUCAUUGCAAGUUACCUCACAGACUGGAUCUUCUCACACAAGACAAAGGAUCUCUCAUUCACUCUCAUUUGUUGGCCCUUCAGUUGACACUGUGGGUGAUCACAUUUUGAUUUGUUUUAGGUACCAUUUUUCUGAGGACAUGGUUCGGUUUUGCAGGAGGCCAGAAAAAAAUGCUAAAAGAAAAUCCUACAUGACUGAAUGAAGGAGAUUUUCUAUUUGGUGUCUUAAGCAUGACCUGGACAUUUUUUCUGUGGGAAUCCCUAUGGCCCUUUCUUAUUUGUGUGUGCUACUCAAUUCUGCUUUGGCAUAUUCAUGUCUUAAAGUUAAUUUGUUAACCAUUUCUGUCUGCCUGCCUCAGAAUCCACCUUUGGAUUCUAGUUUUGAAGUCCAUUUUUAAAAGGUGUCCUUCAUUUGAGGCCUCCAAGAAUGUCUAUUCCUCAUUUUUGGGACUUUAAUUUUGUUCUUGUAAAAUUGACUCUGUCCCAUUUUGAGUCUAUUUUUCUUCUUCCCUACAACACUGUACUUGUAAGACUGUACUGUUAGUGGCUCUUACUUCUGUUAAGAGGGUUUCUGAACUUGAAACACUCAUGUUGGUUCCCCCUUUUUUUAUUUUUUUUUCCACAAGAAUAGGGCAUGUCUUCAUAACAGUCCUGCUUCUGUGGUUAAUGAUUUGUCCUUGAAUUAGUCCAUUCAUCUUCCUCCUUUUUUUCCUUCUUCACAGAUUACUGGUGAGAGGGUUCUUCACACCUUGGAUUUACACAGACAGCUCAGAUAUUACUAGGAUGAGAGAAGCAUAUCAGGAAAUCUGAACAAAUUUUUAUUGCCUUUCAUGCCAGGAAAUUGGGUUUGGUGUUGUCGAUGCAAACCAUCUUCUCCUGGAUUUCUAAAGCCAUAUCUUUUUGUUGUUCUUUUUAUGGCAAACAGCUUUCCUCUUUUGUCCACGCACAUUGUACCAGGGCAUGGGCCUCUUCUGGUGCUUUUUUCAAAGGUCUUGAUACUGGUUUACUAUCAGUUGUGUGAACAACAAGCUGUCGGCAAGUAUGAAAAUCAGAUGGUCGUUUGCACAAUGUCAAGUGUAUGGGGUUGUCGAACACACUUAUGUGAAUGCAGUAGUGCAUUCGCAUAAGUGUGUUCGACAAACUAUGCGGAGAUCACGGUACAUUGGAAAUGGAAAUUCAUCGGUAUCCCCACUGUAGUGCAAUCUCAGAGUUGAAAUAUAUUAUUGGGGGGGGGGGGCGCACGGGGGCUUGCCUCCCUGCAAAAACAUAUGUCGUAUAGGAGUUUGAUUUACAUCAGCUCCUAUGCAAAUAUCACAUGAUAUUUUCAGUGACGAUGUCAACUCAAAUGUGUAGAUCAUUUGGGUUGACAUUGUAGAGGAGUCGAGAUUCCGGGUUCGGUGGUUUAUUUCAGUAUUGCGAACAGCAAAUGUUUUGCCUUUCGCAGUAUUGAUAGUAAACCCUUGCUAAUAUGUCCAUCAUGGAAGCUACUACUUGGUCUUCCUUUCACACUUUUACCAAACAUCAUAAUGUUGGGUGUUACUUCCAGGGCCAGGGUGGGUUUUGCUAGGGCCAUCCUUUAUGGGUUUGUGGAGGACUCUUCUCUGCCUUCCUCCUCCAAUACUUUCCAGUAGCUUUUUUACUCCUUCCAAGAACAAAAGAAUACUGCAGCAGUGAUCCGGAAGAACAAAGUACAGUUGUGUAAGAUCUUACCAUAACAGUAAUGUCUACUUCUCACUGUUGCAGUAUUCUGUCCCUCCCUCCUGCCCCCUUUUAAUUUCUGUUGCCCUCCUUCUGGCCAAGGGAUCUAUCUUCCUUUUCUCCUCCUCCUCCUCCCUUUCUUGGAUGUACAUUAUUGCUUCUCUGGUGUUGCUUUUAUUGUUCUGGGAAGUUUCAGUUAUGAGGAUUAGGCAUCCAUAUGUCUACCUUACGCCUUACAUGUAGGACAUAUGUCUGAUAUAAUAUACCUGGAAGGUGUAAAGGUUUUGGUAUGCUGUCCGGAGAUUAGACUAGCCUUGGCAGGAUGUCCCAAGAGUAAAGAAUAGUGUACUUUCCAGAUGUUUGCACCUCUAGAAGAUCGGAGAUCAACUGUCCUUUUGACUGCUUCUGAGAAGCUCAGCCAUUCCUUUCUGAGUUCAUUGAAAUCAGUGUAUUCUCCAAGCUUUCACCCAAUCCUGUGAAAAUGAAAAGAUAAUCUUUUGCAUAUCUUCUCAUUGGCUGUGGUGGGUAUGGUUCAGUUAGCUAAUCCACAUGUGCCUAGAUGAUCCUAUAAUGCUGCCAGUCCAUGGCCUGGAGAACCUAAUACACUCCAGCAUCAACUGAGCCAUGUUCCAACCAUGGAAAAUUACGUGAUUACCAUAGAGUCAUCGGUUUGGUCCCAGGGUGGUCUGUAUAUUGAUAGAGGUCAUAAGGCCUGAUAUCAGAAAGUAGUAUGUAGCAAAUGGAAAGAAUUUUCAGUCUGGUGUAGGCAAUAAAUACUAGGAUACAGAUGCCUUUUCUGGUUCACUUGCAUUUGCACUAUCUUUCUGAACCUUUUGAUCAGGGCCUUGAUUAGGCUAUUCUCAAGUCCAUCUUUCUGCUUUGGUCCCCCAAGCUCUUUCAUCUUUGAAGUUAAGCUAGUCGAGAAAGGUACCUUGCACAAAGAAAUCCACCCAUCCUGUAUGGGACUUAAAUUUUGCAGUUUUGUAACUUAUACUGUCUCUGUUCAAAGCUGUCAGUUUUUGUUUUGUAACAUCCUUUUCUUAGCAACUGUCACUUUUGCCAGAUGAAUCUUAGAAGUAUAAGUUUAGAUAUGUAGAGAGACAGAAAUGGUCUUCUGUAGGGUCACAGGGACUUUUAGGACCAGUGCCUUAAGGUGGUCUUGGAUCUUGAUCCAAUCCAUUUCAUCUCCCUAUCUUUCAUUCCAGUUUGUAGAACAAGGAGAGGAUUGUGUAUGCCACAGACAUUCACAUAUAGCUGAGAUGUUAUACAAACAGGGACUAAAGACUCUGUAGUCAACUCUUGUCUUCUUCAUGCCAGGAAAUAUGCCAGAGCAACAUCCUAAAAGAUUAAGCCAAAAUGAUUUUGAGGAUUUUCUCACCCCUUUAUGUGAUCAUCACAGCAAAACUGUAGCUGUCCAGCAGAGGGCACAUUCUACAACAGCAGCUGACACCAGUGCAGCUUGCCUCCAGAAUGUUGCAGCUCAGACCAUGUGUAAGGCACCCACUUUAUUUUUCUUCACACUUUCUUCAAACAUUACAUACUGGAGCUCACUCUACAGAUGGAGCUGAUUUUUAUCUCUUCUAUCCCAAAAGGCUUGCUGGAGCUGUUUACACAUGUCUGAGGCCAAAAGCCAAGUCACUGUCUGGUAAUCAGUGUCCCACUGGUAAUGAAUGUUAACAAAGCAGUAUUUAUGGUACUCAUAGCACUUUUAUGUCUUGGGUAUUCACUAUAACUGUAGAUGUUUGAAUAGUAGAAACUUUGCUAUAUUAGGAGCUCACACCUACUUUAUCCUCUGUGCCCUAUUUUCCUUUCAUAUUAUGUUAUAUCUUAACAAGAUAAAACCCUAUGAGAAGAAUUCUGUGUAACUUAAUGCACUCACUUGGUGAGGUGUGUUUAAAUCUGUGGAUUUGUAGAUUGGUAGAAGGGUCACUUUUUAUGUAGUUAUGCUAGUUAUCCUUGUCUUUCUGUUAAUCAGAAAUAAGGGCUCAGGUACACUUAAUGAUGGCUUCUUGCUUUAGAAGUUAAUGGAAAAUUUAGAUUCUAGCUGAUGUUCUUGGCAUGGACAGUAACCUGCUCUUAGUUUAGGGGCACCUCUGUGAUCCAGUGUGAGCAGAAGUGGUCCUGUUUUACAAACACCUGUGGUUAUGAGUACCUUUACUCAACUGUACUUUCUAUAUAUAAAACGUUUGCUGCCAGCCUACUUCUGCCCUUUGCAGAGUUACUGUGGUACCAGUAUCUUCUCUGCCCAUUUAGUUGGAGGUGGAUUGCAAUGCAUCCCCCAUUAAGUUUCUCUCAUCAUGAUAUGUUUUGAAGAUAUAUCACAAUGAAGUAACUGGAGGUGAUUAUUGUUUUUUAACUGCUGUUUUUUAGUUUUGCAUCAUGAGCUCCACUAGGUUUGAAAGUUCCUGUCUAACCUUAAGGCCGGCAUUCAUAUUUUAAGUAGCAAUGUGCAUCUGUCCAUAGUAAAGCAUUUUACACACACAUGAAAGAAGUUUUUGGGACCUGAUUUCCAUUGUUAGCCAGGGCUUAGAUAAAUAGAUUUUGAAGAGGAUAAAGAUUAUAUGGUGCAAACCCUUGGCCGCCUUUUUGGGUGAGGGAGAGUGUUUACAGGACAUAACACUUGUCCAUUAGAUUUAUGUGUAGCAGUGCAUAGCACUGAGAUAUACAAAGAGGUGGCUUGAUAUUUCUUUCCCAUCACAGAGCCAAGUUGCAGCAUAAAACUCCUCCAAAGUAGUGAAACUGGUACUCGGCAAGAUAAUGCCAACUAGAUUGUUAUCCCUUUGUCAUCUGGUAUAGUCAUUCUGUAGGAAUCUGUGGUUAUAAAUAAGCUUAGCUUCAGGAAGGAAGAGAGUCCUGACAAAUGACUGUACAGGAUUGGGUGUAUAUAUUCAAGCACAAAGCACCCAAUGCUUACUCGAGUAUUAUUUUUCUACACAAUAACAUAGCACAUCUCAGUGCCUUUAAAAUUUGUGACCAGAUGUUGCCUGGUUGAUUGAAAACAGUGUAAAUGAGAUGUGAAGUUAACAUGUAAUACAUGUUGGCUGGAGAAGGGAAUUUGAAUGCUUCAUCCUGUUAAAUGUAUUAUACCCGUUUGCUUACAUUUUGGAACUGUAUUUACUUGUGUGUGUGUUUUUUUUAAGGUGUGAAAAAUGUUAAGCAUGGUCUUCUGUAGCAUAACUGCGUCACAUGCAAAUUAACAAAACUAGUCAGGAAUUAAAUGAGACACUUUAUGUUGUGUACAGCAAUGUUUUUCUUUCUAGGUUUGUGUGUUUGUCUUGACUGUACAGGUUAGAUGUGUAUUUUCUGUUGAUUACUUCAUUGCUAGGAGUUCCUCUUUUCUUGAUAAUUGGUUUGUAUAAUAUCCCAAUUUGUUUUAUAGACUUUGUAAAUUGAGCAUAGAUUUUUUUGUUAUAUUUGCUCAGUGCAUUUUUAUAUUAAAAACGUUUAAUGGUCCAUGUAAUUUAACCACAACAGAAGCAAGUUAAAACCAGUAAAAGAAUCUUGAGUCA